GCCUCCUAUAGGCUGCUGACGGGCGAAGGGGCGGAGCUAGGCUCCAUAGUUUAGUGGCGGGCGGGACGGAGCGGCUGAGCCGUUGCUAGAAGCAGAGGAGCCACCAUGAGCCAACAGGGAGCGGCGCUGCAGACCUACAACAACGAGCUGGUGAAAUGUAUUGAAGAUCUUUGCAGCAAAAGAGAAGAACUGAAUCGUCAGAUCCAACAGGAGGAGGAGGAGAAGAACAAACUGCAGAACGAUGUCCGGAUCCUCACCGAAAAACUGUCCAGGGUCAACGAGAGCCUCGCCAGGAAAAUGGCGUCAAGGAACGAGUUUGAUAAAACAAUUGCGGAAACACAGGCUGCGUACAUGAAGAUCCUGGAGAGUUCGCAGACAUUACUGAAUGUCCUGAAGAGGGAGGCCGGAAAUCUUGGAAAAGCCACUGAAGUGCGAGGCAGCGCCCCCAGCACGUGAUCAGGAGACAGGGCAGAAUGUUUAUGGGACUGGUCCAUGAGAUGAUACAGUCUGUGUAUUAUAGUGUUUUUAUAUUAAUAUAUAAUAAAGUGGGUGGAGCCUGUGGAGGUGUUUGGGAGGAGUU